AAUUUUGGCGCGAACCAGGGCAACGGCCAACGAGGCAGCAGAGAUGAGUGACUGGGAUGCAAGCGAAGACGAGAGGCCCGCCGCGCCAACGCCCGCCCUUGCAGCAAUAAAGUCAAACAGAUGGGACGAUGAAGACGCAGACGAGGGCCCCGUCAAAGACUCGUGGUCAUCCGAUUCGGACGAGGAUAAACCACGGCAGAGCGCGCCUGCGAACGGAUCAGCCGCUUCUGCUGCGCCUGUCAGACGGAAGGGCAUCACAAAGCAGAAGAUUGCAGAGAAGGAAGCUGCCGAACAGGCUCGUCAGGAAGAAGCAGAGCGUCUGGCACGGCUCGCCAACGAUCCUGCUGCUCGCAAGCGGCAAGAACGAGAACAGCAGGAGAAGUCAGACCUUGUUGCUGCAAAAGCCCUCUUCGGCUCAGCAGGAACGCGAGACACUGAUGAGCUUCUCAGCCUGGGCAUCAAGACAAAGGAAGACGCUUCCGAGCUCGCAGAACGCUUGUCCGACUUUCUCGUCACCAAGCAUGGCUCGAAACCGCUCUACGCGCUCUUUGUCGAAGAUUUCAUCAAGCGAUGCUGCAUUCCGCUCAAAGACGUCGAAGUCAGAAAAGCUGCUUCAGGUCUCACACUGCUCGCGAACGAGAAGCAAAAGGUCGCAAAAGAGAUGGCGAGCGGGAAGAAGAAGUCAAAGGGGGCUUCCAAACCGGUUGCCAAUGUCAAAGGUGCCACUCGUCUCGAUACCGCAGCAUACGAUGACGCGCUAGACGAUGACUUUGACGACGACGCGUUCAUGUAGACUUUGUUUUGCGAUCGCUAGACCCUGCCUUGUUGUCUCACCUCCCGGCAUGCACCAUCUUUUCGCUGCAGUACUGAUAUAUCAACAUGAUCACUACAACUUGCUAAUCAUCAUCAUCGUCAGAGUUGUCAUCGUCCACUACCCCAAUGACCCUCUCUUUUUGUUCGUCUAGCGCUUUGCCAAGCUUGCGAAGUCGAUCUCCAAACGUCCGUCUCACACCAGGAUUACCGGCACAAUCCCAUAUUUGCAGGUUGCCUUGAGAGCCUGCAGCGGCUAUCGUGGUAGGAUCGUCAGG